UUCAGAUCUUUGGCGUUGAUGAUGGUGUGGUACGUAUUGGCGGUUAUGAUGAUGUCCGUGAUGUGACUCAGAAGCCCAGUCUAAGAGCCCAGAUAGGAUGCGUACCACAGGAUGUAGUGUUGUUCAUUGAUACCAUCAUACGGUAUGGUCGUCUUGAUGCAACAGAUGGGGAAGUAGCUCGUAAGGGUGGGUUUGACCAGCUUGUUAAACAGCAGCUAGAUGGCAUGAAUACUGUUGUCGGUGAGAGGAGCCUUAAGCUCUCAGGAGGGGAGAAGCAGAGGUUGGCCAUAGCCAGGUAUAGAGAUCUGUGGGAGAAGCAGCAGAGAGGUAUCGAUGUUGAUCUGCACUUUGGUGGUGAGAUGCCCAGUGGUGAGGACAGCAGUAGUAGCAAUCNNNNUAUUUUGCGAUGUAAUUGGUGUAGCAUGAGCUGGCCCAUGGUGUACCAUAGGAAGCCCAUCGUAUCAUUUCACUAUUCUUUGGAGGCGUUGUGUUGGUUACAGAGUGGUAUUGAAACGGGAAUGUAA